UUAGGGUUUCCUCUCGAUGGGCGAGCUCCUUGCCUAAGCGCUACUUCCAGUUUUGAAGGGCUUCUCCCCUUGUUUUUCUUUCUUUUCCUUCCAUGGCUCAAUCGUGUAUGUUGGCCUGGAAUUAUCACAAUCUUGGAGAGGCUUACAUGAUCUUUGAGCCAAACCAAUUGUGCCUCCAAAAAAAACCUAAUUUUGUCUUGCUCCCUACAACAAAGCAAACAGGGAUGGAGAUGAAUUUGUUCCAAAUAGAUUUAGGGUUGGCUCACUAUUCUGAAAGCGAUUGUGCAGAGAGAGGGGGUGGCUUGACUCUAUUAUGGAAUGAUGCGUUUAACCUUCAAGUUUCCUUUUUCUCACCAUAUCACAUAGAUGUUGAAAUAGUAGAUCCAGGUGGUUGUCAAUGGCAAUUAACAAGGUUUUUGGGCCAACCAGAGACUGCUUGCAGGGAGGAGUCAUGGACCAUUCUCAAAUCACCCAAGACAAUUUCUCCUUUGCCCUGGAUGCGUUUAGGUGACAUCACUGAUAUCUUGAGCAAAUUAGAAAAGGAGAGGGGCAAUCUCAUAUUUUGGUUGGGCUAUGCGUGGGGGGCCAUAGGUGGCUUUUGGUGUGGAAGGUCAAAUUUACAUGUUGUGGGGGAAGCUGAUGGUGUUCUGCAAGGGAACUAUGGUAUUCAAGUUAGCAAAGGGGGUCUAGUUCCCUUAAUAACUUAUGGUAGCAAGGGCUUGAAGAGGAUUGGAAAAGAUGGGAACAUGUUUGGGAGCACUUGCAGAUGGAUGGGGUACCUUGUGAUUGCACAGAGGAGGACUAUGGUCCUUCUCUUGUCAAUUAUUUUUUAAGAAUAGAUUGGAUGGCAACCCAUAGUUUGGGGACUGUUUGUUGCCAAAAUCCUCUACUCUCCCCAUGAAGCUAGUUAACUAGGUGAGGACGUUCAGUAGCUUCUGAUGCUCAUAGUAGCUCUCCUUUCUACAUUAGUAGCCCUAUUUAGCCCAUACAGCAAUUGCAAUUGCAAUCUCUAGUUACAGAUGUCUCUCUUUAUUUAAUUAUCUAUAUUCGUCAUGGGCAUAGUUUAAAUCUGUACUAGACUGUAAGUUAUGCUUCUGAUUCUGUUUUUAGGCUAUCAUGCUUUAGGCUAUAUGCCCUGUGAUGGAGAUUUUAUUAUACUUUCUUAUUACUUAAUAUAUUUCUCCAUUUCUU